AGCGAGCGCGCAGCGGCGGCUCCGGCCUCACGUAUCCCAGUCCGGCCUCCCGCGCCACUCGUCCCCGCGCGCCCGCUGCCUCCGCGCCCGUCGGCCGCCGUCUCAGCCCCCGGCCGCUCACCAGGUCCCCAGGCCCCGCGCCCCUCUGCCCAGGACCGGCCCGCGCCACACAGGCCGCCCGCCGCCCGCGCCGCCAUGGGGGUGGAGGGCUGCACCAAGUGCAUCAAGUACCUGCUCUUCGUCUUCAAUUUCGUCUUCUGGCUGGCCGGAGGUGUGAUCCUCGGUGUGGCCCUGUGGCUGCGCCAUGACCCACAGACCACCAGCCUCCUCUACCUGGAGCUCGGAGACAGGCCUGCACCCAACACCUUCUAUGUCGGUAUCUACAUCCUUAUUGCCGUGGGUGCCGUGAUGAUGUUCGUCGGGUUCCUGGGCUGCUAUGGGGCCAUCCAGGAGUCCCAGUGCUUGCUGGGGACGUUCUUCACCUGCCUGGUGAUCCUGUUUGCCUGUGAAGUGGCUGCUGGUAUCUGGGGCUUUGUCAACAAGGACCAGAUUGCCAAGGACGUGAAGCAGUUCUAUGACCAGGCCUUGCAGCAGGCCGUGCUGGACGACGACGCUAACAAUGCCAAGACUGUGGUGAAGACCUUCCACGAGACGCUCAGCUGCUGCGGCUCCAACACCCUGAUCUCACUGGCCACGUCUCUGUACAAGAACAAUCUGUGUCCCUCGGACAGCAACUUCAUGAGCAGCGUGUUUAAGAAAGACUGCCACCAGAAGAUUGAUGAGCUCUUCUCGGGGAAGCUGUACCUCAUCGGCAUUGCGGCCAUUGUGGUCGCUGUGAUCAUGAUCUUCGAGAUGAUCCUCAGCAUGGUGCUCUGCUGUGGCAUCCGGAACAGCCCUGUGUACUGAGGCUCCACCGCUCUGCCCGGCGGGACCCCUGCGGUGCCCCCAGAGCGACCUGGACACUUUGAGGAGGGUAUAUAACCGCCUGUGUAUAUAACUUUUCUGGUAUUACUCUACUACACUUAUUAGUCCUUUUACUUUUGAGGUUUUGUUUUUGUCCUGAAGUUCCCUGUUACCUUUUGGGGCUGACGUCACCUGUACGUGGCGUGUGAGUGGGCCUUGGGACUGCAGGACAAUGGCCCCCUCUGCUUCUGAGGCCUCUUGGGGGACUCCGCCUAUUCAACCAGGCCUCUCCAGGGGGCCGAGGGGGCCCCCCCACUCCAGCUGUGCCCUCCCUCCCACCCACCUGUCCCCAUGGGUUGCACGGCUCACGCCUUUUUUAAUCCGUGUUCCUCUCCUGCCACCUGUCUCUAGAGCUGGGUCUAUGAGUGGCCUUAUACUUUCAAUGCAUCUGUCCUUUCUAACACGUCACCUACGAUUGUAAUUACAUCUUGAAAUUCAUUCAAUAAAGAAGGAAAAACCAGGCAUGCUAA